AUGGCGCUACUGGCGUCAACAAGUCCGGCGGUGGCCAAGAUGCUGCUUCGGUGGAACUUCAAGGAGGGAUCCGGCCUGGGCGCGCGGGGACAAGGGAUCGUCGCCCCCGUACAGCUCUGCAACACUACAAGCGGCAUCGGCUACGGAGAGAGGUCGUACGAAAACGGCCUUCCUGGCACGACGCCGGCGGUCCAAGAAGAGUGGCGCCGGCGGUGCGAGGAGCUUGCACGAGCCCUGCGGCUCGAGGAGGAGUGCUGCUUCAAGACCCUCGAGCUGCUGCUGCGCGACAUGACGCGAGACGACGACGCCCGCAGCAGAGCGGAGAGGGCGGAGGCGCUGGCGGCGGUCGUCAAGUCCAUGAAGGUGUUUCAGCUGAAGCGCACGCCGGGGAUGUGGAAAGCCACGCUGCCUUCUUCUUCAGUUCUCUACAUCGUCGAGCGCGUGAUCAAGCCGAAGAUGGCGGCGGACGCGCAGGAGUGGACGCCGUCGUGGGACGCGGACUGCCACCAGUGGGUGCGGCCGUGGAUCCCCCUCGUCGGCCACUUGCCGGACGGCCUCUUCGACGCCGUGGAGCGCAAGAUCACCAACCACGCCAACGAGUACGCCGUCAUCUCGCCAUGGAAGGAUUACAUGGACCAGACACAGUGGGACACCUUCACCCGGCGCCACGUCCUGCCGUGGCUGACGAGUCUCGUGCGGGAGCUGAUAAUCGCGCCGCCCAAGCAGAUGGACCCUUCCUUCCACACGCUCAUGGAGUGGGCGCCCCUCGUGCCGGCCAAGACCGUGGUGUCCAUCCUUGAAGAAGAGCUCUUCUUCGACAGAUUUGAAGAUGCGCUGCGACACUGGCUGCAGUCCGGCGCCGGGAAGCCGUCUUCCAAGGAGGCCGUCGCCUGGUGCACCGGCUGGAAGAACCUGUUUACGCCCGACCUGCUUACCGACGAACGCGUACUCGCGCGUAUGGAUGCCGUCGCCGACUUGGUCGAUACGGAAGCCUAG